AUGUCGCGACGUGAGCACUCCCGCUCAUCAUCGCUCUCAUCCGAAGAUGUCGAGUCCUCCGAAGACCACCACAGCGCAUACGUGCACCCGGACGACCCGACUGCAUUGGAGAAGCAAACCACCGCGGCUUCGGGCAUGUCGGCGCUCGAGAACCGUGCGCAUUCAGUGAUCUCGCGCAUUCGCAGUCGCGAACCGGGGCAAACUGCCCGCUUCACGCAUCCGCUGUCGCAUACUAAGACCUCCGAGGACGUCAUUGUUGACUUUGAAGGGCCGGAUGAUCCGUACAGGCCGAUGAAUUGGAGUUUUCGCAAGAAGGCGGUUACCACGAUUUUGUAUGGAUUGACUACUAUGGGUAUGUGCGGUUGCUGGUAUACUUGGUUGAAUCUCUUUAGUUUCUCCACAGGCACCAAGCAAAUCGAUGCGGAGUUUGGCGUGGGAGAGGAAGUCGGGACAUUGGGUACAACGCUGCUGUUGUUCGGUUUCGGACUCGGUCCCCUCGUAUGGGCACCUCUAUCCGAAGUCUACGGACGCAAGCCCGCCGUCCUUGCGCCCUACUUCAUCGCCGCCAUUUUCUCCUUCGGCACCGCCACAGCCAAAGACCUCCAAACCGUCAUGCUGACCCGAUUCUUCUGCGGCUUCUUCGGCUCCGCGCCCGUCACCAACACCGGCGGAGUCCUGAGCGACAUCUGGACCGCGGAGCAACGCGGCGCCGCCAUCGUCGGCUACGCCAUGGCCGUCGUCGGCGGACCAGUACUAGGUCCGAUUGUCGGCGGAGCCAUCUGCCAAAGCUACCUCGGCUGGCGAUGGACCGAAUACAUCACAGGAAUCAUGAUGAUGUUCUUCCUCGCGAUGGACCUGAUCUUCCUCGACGAAAGCUACCCGGCCGUUCUCCUCGUCUACAAAGCCCAACGCCUCCGCUUCGAAACCGGCAAUUGGGCCCUCCACGCCCGCCACGAAGAAUGGGACGUCACCUUCAAAGAACUCGGCAACAAGUACCUCAUCCGUCCCUUCGCCCUCCUCACCACCCCAAUCUGCUUCCUCGUCGCCAUCUACGCCUCCUUCGUCUACGGCAUCCUCUACCUCAGUCUGGCCUCCUUCCCCAUCGAAUUCCAAGAAGUCCGCGGCUGGAACCAGGUCGUCGGCGCCCUGCCUUUCCUCGCUUACCUCGUCGGUAUCCUCUUCGGCGCUUGCAUCAACCUCUUCAACCAGAAAUUCUACAUCGCCCGCUUCAAAGCGAACAAUAACUUCCCCGUCCCCGAAGCCCGUCUCCCACCAAUGAUGCUCGGCUCGAUCGUCUUCGCCGCUGGCCUCUUCAUCUUCGCCUGGACCAGUGAUCCCCACAUCCAUUGGAUCGCUCCCAUCAUCGGCGCUGUCUGCAUGGGUUUCGGGUUCUUCACCAUCUUCCAAGCCGCCUUGAAUUACCUCAUCGAUACCUUCCAGAAGGUUUCGGCGAGUGCUGUUGCCGCGAACACGUUCCUGAGAAGUUUGUUCGCGGGCUGUUUCCCCCUCUUCGCUAAUAUCAUGUUUCAUCGUCUGGGCGUGGAUUGGGCCGCGAGUGUGUUGGGUUUCGUCGCUGUUGCGUUGAUUCCCAUCCCUUAUUUGUUUUAUAUCUACGGGAAGCGCAUUAGGGCUAGGGGGAAGUGGUCUCGCGCUUCGGUUUACGGGUAUUGAUUUUAUUUCUCUCCUUUGCUCGCUUCCUUCUUAUACCCUUUGCGUUUCCAUAUAUACCCCACGUUCUAUAAUUGGCCGGUCUUUCCUGAGUUGAGAUGAAGGCAGGUCGGGUUAAAAGUUUUGUUUACUGGGGUUUGUUUGUUAGUUGUCAGAUUGUUGUUGUUCGAGAUACCUCUGGUCUUUCUGUUUUUGUUGGUUUUGGCAUCAUACGCAUAGCAUGGCGGGGGGGUUUAAAAUAGAGAGGAACUACUACUAGUACGUAAUAUCAAUGAUUAAUGUCUAGGUUUAGUUGAAUAGAUUGGUUCGUU